AGCUGUCUGCGAACACUGAGCUGCCUGGCGCCGUCUUGAUAGUUUCAGAAAGAAUGCAUUCCCUGUAAAAAAAAAAAAAUACUGAGAGAGGGAGAGGAGAAAGAGAGAGAGACUGAGAGAGCGAGACCUAGAGAGCUACGCAAUCUGACCGGGCAGGUCACACGCCUCCUCCUCCUCCUCUACGCUCCUUGCUACUCAGGUGAUCGGAAGAGCAACCGUCCCUGAGCGCCAAGGAAUCAGUGUGCAGUGCGAUCACACUCGGAUUCCUCUCUCUCUCCUUUUUUUUUUUUUUGACCCCUUUAUUCCUCCGUGUCUGAUUUUUUUUUGGGGGGGUCGCCCUCAUUCUUUCCUUUUUCUUCUUUCCCUUCCUUUCUUUUGCUAAACUAUCCCGCAAAGAUUUUUCUUUCCUCCCUAAACCCUCUUUUUUACUCACCUUUUCUAUACCCUUAACUGCAAACAAACCAUUAAACGACCCCUCUCCUGGGCCUCCGACGGCAGGAGUCCGCGGACCUCCCAGGCCGACAGCCCUCCCUCUACCCGCGAGGGUUCCGGGCCCGGCGAGAGGGCGCGAGCACAGCCGAGGACAUGGAGGUGACUGCGGACCAGCCGCGCUGGGUGAGCCACCAUCACCCCGCGGUCCUCAAUGGUCAGCAUCCAGACACGCACCACCCCGGCCUCGGCCAUUCGUACAUGGAAGCUCAGUAUCCGCUGACGGAAGAGGUGGACGUACUUUUUAACAUCGAUGGUCAAGGCAACCACGUCCCGUCCUACUACGGAAACUCCGUCAGGGCUACGGUGCAGAGGUAUCCUCCGACCCACCACGGGAGCCAGGUAUGCCGCCCGCCUCUGCUGCACGGAUCUCUGCCCUGGCUGGAUGGCGGCAAAGCCCUGAGCAGCCACCACACUGCCUCGCCCUGGAACCUCAGCCCCUUCUCCAAGACGUCCAUCCACCACGGCUCUCCGGGGCCUCUGUCUGUUUAUCCUCCGGCUUCAUCCUCUUCUCUGGCGGCCGGCCACUCCAGUCCUCAUCUCUUCACCUUCCCGCCCACCCCGCCGAAGGACGUCUCCCCAGACCCGUCGCUGUCCACCCCGGGAUCCGCCGGGUCGGCCAGGCAAGAUGAGAAAGAGUGCCUCAAGUAUCAGGUGCAGCUGCCAGAUAGCAUGAAGCUGGAAACGUCUCACUCCCGAGGCAGCAUGACCACCCUGGGAGGGGCCUCAUCCUCAGCCCACCACCCCAUUACCACCUAUCCGCCCUAUGUGCCCGAGUACAGCUCUGGACUCUUCCCACCCAGCAGCCUGCUGGGAGGAUCCCCUACCGGGUUCGGAUGUAAGUCGAGGCCCAAGGCACGAUCCAGCACAGAAGGCAGGGAGUGUGUGAACUGCGGGGCAACCUCUACCCCACUGUGGCGGCGAGAUGGUACCGGGCACUACCUUUGCAAUGCCUGCGGACUCUACCAUAAAAUGAAUGGGCAGAACCGGCCCCUUAUCAAGCCCAAGCGAAGGCUGUCGGCAGCAAGGAGAGCAGGGACAUCCUGUGCAAACUGUCAGACCACCACCACCACCCUCUGGAGGAGGAACGCUAAUGGGGACCCGGUCUGCAAUGCCUGUGGGCUGUACUACAAGCUUCAUAAUAUUAACAGACCCCUGACUAUGAAGAAGGAAGGCAUCCAGACCCGAAACCGGAAGAUGUCUAGCAAGUCGAAAAAGUGCAAAAAGGUGCAUGACGCGCUGGAGGACUUCCCCAAGAGCAGCUCCUUCAACCCGGCCGCUCUCUCCCGACACAUGUCAUCCUUGAGCCACAUCUCUCCCUUCAGCCACUCCAGCCACAUGCUGACCACACCGACGCCCAUGCAUCCGCCCUCCGGCCUCUCCUUCGGACCUCACCACCCUUCCAGCAUGGUCACCGCCAUGGGUUAGAGAGGCAGAGCCCUGCUCCACAUGCGUGAGGAGUCUCCAAGUGCGCGAAGAGUUCCUCCGACCCCUUCUACUUGCGUUUUCGCAGGAGCAGUAUCAUGAAGCCCGAAAGCGACAGAUCUGUGUUUUUGAAGGCAGAAAGCAAAAUGUUUGCUUCUUUUUUCAAAGGAGCUCGAGGUGGUGUCUGCGUUCCAACCACUGAAUCCGGAUCCCAUUUGUGAAUAAGCCAUUCAGACUCAUAUUCCCUAUUUAACAGGGUCUCUAGUGCUGUGAAAAAAAUAUUGCUGAACAUUGCAUAUAACUUAUAUUGUAAGAAAUACUGUACAUUUGAGGAAGACUUUAUUGUACCUGGAUAGCUGUAAGAAAGGCAUGAAGGACGCCAAGAGUUUUAAGGAAUAUAGGGGGAUUAAAGUAUGGAGAUACAGAAGAAACUACUAAGAAUGAUGUCCAAAUGGGCACGCUGUCAGUUUUGUUUCCCUUUCAGUUGUUUGAUGCAUUUAAAAAAAAGAAAGAAAGAAAGAAAAAGAAAAAAAAAAAGGGGCGGGGGGGGGAGAAAAAAUAAAUUAAAAAAAAAAAAAGAAAAGAAAGAAAAAUCUAAGAAAAAAAAAAAAGGUUGUAGGCAAAUCAUUUGUUCCAGGCUGUGAGCCUGUGCAAAAGAGAUUUCAGAUCUGGGCAAUGGGUGUGUGAUCUCACCCACGGAAGAUCUGAGAAUGUCAUGGCUAGGCCUACAUGCUCUGUGAAUCAGUCCCUGUAAUUGUUGUUUGUAUGUAUAAUUCAGAAGCACCAAAAUAAGAAAAGAUGUAGAUUUAUUUCAUCAUAUUAUACAGACUGAAUUGUUGUAUAAAUUUAUUUACUGCUAGUGUUAGGAACUGCUUUUUUUUUUUUUUUUGGUUUUAAUGUUUUUUUUUUUUUUCUUCUCUCUGGAUUUUUGGUUGAAUAAACUAGAUUGCUUUCAGUUGACUUAAGGUGGAUGUACUCUGGAGGGUUUAUUUUUCCUUUUAUUAUUAUUUUUGAUGGUAUUUAUUAAAUAGCUUCUAUGGGCCCGGCGGUACCUGUCUUUUUCGUCACUUUUCUUGCAGCCUAAACUAUGAAGGUAGCAGCGUACCAGCUACCAACGUGCAUGUCAGCGACCCGGCCACUCACAGGCCUGGUCCUGAGAGCCACCUGGCUGACUGUUAGCCCCUGUGUGUUCUGUAUUAGUGAUCACUGCCUUUAAACAGUCUGUUGGAAUAAUACUAUAAAAAUAAUAAUAAAGUUAAAAUAUUUUAAAACAA